AUGGCCCUCAAGCGCAAGCGCUCCAGCUCCGAGCUCGUGGCUCUCUUCAACUCCCCCGCCCGCUCCGACUCGAGCAUGGAAUCCUUCGAUUUCCCCGUCUCUCCCAGUCCCGUCUUCCCUCGUGCCUUCGCAGCUCCCUCGCAUCUACCAAGCCGGACGAUGAAGCGCUUCCGCGACAACAGGCCAUCCGAGGAUGAGGUACAUCAGCGAACAUUGAAAAUGCUCUACUCAGCCCAGCAACAAAACCAGCACCUCGCCAACGAACCAUCCCCGAGUCCCGUCCCCGCUCCUUCAGCGCGUAGCACCCAAAAGUCUCUGCACAGCUUCUGGAACAUCAGCUCGGCAGCACCCAGUGUGACGAGAUUCACGAGCCCAUCUGUGGACCAAACGACACUCAAUCCUGCGAGUUGCGAAGACUGCGGCGCGGGGCUGGGCUCGUCGGGCGACGCCGACAGUAUGGAGGUUGACAGUUACGGAGGGGACAGCUCUUGCGCCAUGGCGGAAGCUCUCGGCCUUGCGGCAAGCAUCAUCGCCGUUGUCGACAUGACAGGCAAGGCGGUCAAACUAUCCGUUAAACUCAAGUACUUAUGGAACGAGGUCAAAGACGUCCCCACAACUCUUUUGGAAAAGGCCGAGGAGCUCCAGGAUAUCGAAGAGUUUCUUCGUGAGGCUGAAUGCCAGAGUACCCUUCAGCCGGUCCCUCACUCGGUUUGGAACGACAAGUUCAUGCAGAAGGCUAUCACGAAGGCCCGCGUUGCUAUGAGCGAUCUACAAGCAACCAUAGAGGAUUUAAAUGCUCAAGUCACCGACAAAAGGAGGUACAAGCGCAAGUUUGCGACCGCCAGGGUGCUAAUUCAUAAGGAUAGCUUGGAGGCAAUGGAGCGGAAGCUUGAUCGCGCUCUGAACCUCUUCAAGAUGGCUCAGGGACUCUAUUGCGCGUGCGUCAUCACAUAUCUUGCCGACUUCAGAGAAGCUGCUAAUGUUUCUGACAGUACAAUGACCAACCUAUGCACAUCCGUCAUCGUCCAACGUCUUCCGGAGCCAGUGAACACCUCGAAUGGCGCUUCAGCUAAUUCUGGUCGUGCAAUCGAGGUACAAGACGCCAAUCAUCUCGAAACUUACAAGUCGGGUCUCGAAAAGGCGACCGUUCCGGAUGCCACAACCAUAACCCAAGGGCGGACCUUGAUAGGUAGACUUCACUAUGGCUUCGGGAACCAGAGCGGUCACAUUUCUAUGAGAACUCCUGACUGGCUUUGUCGUACUGUAUACUCUCUCAUGGCUAAGAGAAGCACUUCGGGGUGGCAGUUCAAUCUGUCAACCUUUUCAGUCAUUGACCUGUUUGACGAAGAGGUAAUCGUGGCCCUAGAGAAGGACGAUGUUGCCUUGAUGAAGAAGUGCCUGUACGAUAACAAUCUGACUCCAUUCACUCAUAAUUCUAUUGGCCUAAACCUCCUGCAAUUGGCCGCUGACCACGUGUCCGUGAAAAUUGCCAAAUGGCUCCUGGAAAUUGGUCUGCAACCUGGCUCCUUCAGCGAGUAUCCCUUUCCUUGGGACAAUCCGAUAAUCUUACCAGUUGUAGCAAGGACCCCCCUAGAAAUUUUCUUAUUCUUCACUGUUCCUAAUGACGCCAGCCCUUGGGUAGAAACUCUCAAGCUCUUCGACACUUAUGCGCCAGACAUUUUAUCCGUCGAAAGCAAUCUCUGGCACUCGAUAUUGAGCAUAGCAUCUUUCCACCGCAUCCGAAACAUUGGGCAGAUUCUGUCAAUCGAUUACCUAUCCGUUGCAUACCCAAUCAGGAUUCGUCAUGCUGGCAUUAGCAUAAGUAGGGCAUUAUGGAGCUGGGAAGAGGCUCUGUGGCUAAUCCCGGAACUUCGAGCUCCCACAAAGGAAUUGCUCGAGGUCACUAGGUGCAACUGCAACUGGGGAGUGGCGGACUUGGUCGCCUCGGGCGUGGGGCUGCAGUUUGCCUCCCCAAAGAGCAAGCAAGGCGAGCCAGAAACUGACAGAGGCUUCAAACAAGCACUCGGCGAGAUCACAAGGCUGGACCCCGAGGAAAUUUCACCUCCUUGGGACAAGUUAUCAGUGUCUCAAUGGACUCCAAUCUGUCAUAUGAUAAGCCGUAUGCUAGGCAACUUCGAUAAGUGUCCACCAGAUGUCGUGGAGCAAGCCUUUCAAUCAGCAAUCUGGACAUGGGCGACGACACUUUAUGAAAAUGGCAUGGAUCUCCUGGAAUAUGGUCGUAGGGAAAAGGAGAGGUAUCAAAACGGCGGUUUCUUCUCUCGGUGGGGAACAAACCCAAGUUGGUUGUGGGAAAGAGACCUUAUUUAUAGGAAAAGGUCACGAGUAUUCCUGAUUGCUAUCCUGGGCAUCACGUACGGGCCGCUACCGGAGCAAUGGAGGCUGUGGUGGACACCAGCGGACUUGGGCUUUGCUGAAGAGUUUUGGAAUAUGGUUGAAGACCCUAUUAUCAACAUCCCUGGGAGUUGGAACGAUGAUUUUUGUGACACCGCGGAGGAUUAUGGCUUAUACACACCAGGGUUUGAUUGGGAUGAGAAUAUUGUGCUGCCGCGAAUGAUCUGGCCCAGCCUGCUGCGGCCUCUCAUCUGCGCCACUGCUCUUUCUGAACGUAGCCUCGCCUUUGCCCAAAUCGGGGUCAGCGCCGGCAAAGUCAUCAUCGACGCCAUUCAGCUAUGGGACCAAGUCAAACAGCUACCGAAGGAACUCCAAGUGCGCAUUAGUAGGCUGGGAUACCUCAGAGAUGUACUCUCCCAAAUCGAAAACGAGAUCGAGAGGUGCCCAAGCCUGCAAGUGCGUCCAGCUACCCAGGGAAGCCUAGAACACAUACGAAAGGCGGAGGCGGCGCUCUCUCACCAUGUCGAAAAGCUCAAUGCCAAAGUACAGCAGCCUAAAAGCAAGUUUAAGCGGCGUGUCAACUCACUAAAGGUUAUAACUUUUGAAAAAGAGGAAAUGGAAACGUUGGAAAAGGAGCUUGCCUGCGCCAUGGAGCUGAUGGAAAUGUCUAUCUCCUUGUUUCGUGUAGCAAAGUCUGAGUUUUCAGAAACAUUCAUAAUCGAUCAGACUUCGGCGCGAAUUAAUGAGUAUAUCAUGGCUGGUCAAAACGACGCCAUACAAAAGACGGCACAAGCAACCGUCAACUUGGUGAAGGCGGAGCUGCAACAUUUAAUUGAAACUAAAUCAGUCAAGACCGAAAACACUCAUUGUAAUAGCCUGAUAUCGGCGAAAAAGGGCAGUACGAAAGGUAACUGGUCUUCAUGCCCUGAGACUUUCUUAUUCGGAAAAUGCUCGUUCCGUCGCUCAAAGACCGAUAACCGAUGGACCGCCUCAGUCGAGAUACCCUGGUCGCGACGUGUCGGUGAGCUAUACUGGACAGGAUGGCAAUACCGGUUCCAUACUUACAACAUACGACCAAACACCUCUCCGGCGUUCAAAGCUGCUGAAAGGGGGGAUGUAGCGGCUUUGAUAAGUCUCUUCAAGACGGGUCAGGCGACGCCCUUCGAUAGGAACGAAACGGGCCACUCGUUGUUAUACCUCGCUGCGGAAAGUGCAAGGGUGGAAGUCUGCCGGGUCUUAAUUAACAACGGUGCCAUCGCCGACGACGAACGAGACAUGCACGACUACAAUCCAAUAGACGCCAUCAUCAUAGCCCGCCAGAAUUUCACUGGAACUCAUGAUCCAAACCGCACGGAACUCAUCAACCUCUUCCACUCCGCCGCCUCUGCCUCGGAUACACUCACAACGGAGCGUCUCUUCAAUUUCGUCCGAGAAUUCUCCUAUAGCGACAACUUCCUCCGAAUCUACCUGUCCCAGUUCUUGAGAAAUUACUCCCAACUCCCCGUUCGCGAUCGCGCAGAGGCAGUCAGGCUGGGGUCUUUCAUCGUCCGCGACAACAUGACAUGUAGACGCCUCCUCCAUCCGACCAGCGAAGUCAUCACACCCGCUGACGUGCGAGAUUCCGUUAGGGGAGGUUUCUCGCUAGUCCACUCGGCUGCUAUAACUCUUGGCAAGAGACUUGCUGACGAUGCUCAGUAUGACGCCAGGACCUUCCGCGCGCGGUCGUACACGGUACUCUGUAGCGAUUUCGUCUCUGAUAUUGUACGGGCAGCAGGCGCCAACGACCUGAAUGGCGUGGAGACGGUCGUGCCGUGGGACCGCUUUCACGUACCAGUCUGGAAAGGCACGCCCUUGAUCUCCCUCAUAGGCGGGGCGCUCUGCCGUCUCUCGUCUAGCGUGCCCCCUUCUCAAUGGGACCUCAUCUUUCAGAUGGUAUUGCGACAGUGGCUACAGGACUUGGAGACUGCGGGCGUGGAUCUACUGGAAUACGGUCGACGCGAAGCAAUGGUCCAAAAGUUCUUGUGCCCAGAAGUGAAGGGCGCUUUCGACAGUGAUGCGAUCAUUGCGUCCCGCAGUGUAAUCCGCAACCAGCUGCUGGAUUGCAGCAGAGAGUCAUGGAUGCAAAGCGUAGGCUCGGACUUUAACCGAGUUGAUCUAUACUGGACCCCUAUUCGAGUUAUUGCUUUUGAUUACGGCCCGAAGUUGGAGGACUGGCGGCUGCGGUGGGUUGUCGACUCGGAGGCCUUUGCGGACAUGGCUUCCAAGACCACUCGCCGACCUGGUAAGCAAGGCGAGUGGUACCUCGGGGAUGCAGAGGAGCUCUCGAAGCAGCUCAAGGGCUUUCUAUCUGAUGUCCCUGAUCAGAUUGACGACAGUGGUUUGCCCAUUCCAGGCGCAAGGGUCAUUAUAGCGCCCCAUGCUGGUUACAGCUACUCCGGCCCAACCGCGGCAUGGGCCUACAAAGCUCUGGAUCUCUCCAAGGCCAAGCGAGUCUUCAUUCUCGGACCUUCACACACAUUCUAUCUGCGUGGCUGCGCUGUCACGGAGUUUAAGAACUAUGGUACGCCAUGGGGGGAGCUCAAGGUCGACGAGGAGGUCACCGCACGUCUCGGCGAUGAGUUCGACAUUCCCGCCAUACCUACCCGCAAUGACCUCAAGGAGCACUCGCUAGAAAUGCACCUGCCAUAUCUUUGGAUCCGGCUCGAACAGACGUUCGGGUCGCCCGAAAACUUUCCGCCUGUUGUACCGAUCCUCGUCGGUGACAAUGACAAGGCCGAGGAAAAAGAGAUUGGCCAGUGGCUGGCGCCGUACCUCAAAGACCCGGAGAACGCAUUCAUCGUAAGCUCCGAUUUCUGCCACUGGGGCGGCCAUUUUGAUUAUACCGUUUAUUGCCCCGACGGCGACAUCAACAAACUGCAGAGACUGUCACCGCACGGCCGGGCUCCCACUGGCCCACCCAUUCAUGAGACGAUCAAGAUGCUAGAUGACCUGGCCAUCGAAGCCAUCAAGACAGGCAAACACGACAACUUUUAUGACAACCUCAAGCAGACGAAAAACACAGUCUGCGGGAGGCACCCGAUUGGCGUGACGAUGGCGGCGUUGGAAGAACUAGGCGAAGACCACCCGAAAUUCAAGUUCGUGCAGUACCAGCGCAGCAGCAUGGUCACAACGCCGAACGAUUCAAGCGUAAGCUACGUGUCGGCAUAUGCUGUGGUAUGA